CCCUACAAGCAGACCUGACCAGAACGAAAACAGACAUUAAAGGGGUUGAAAAUGUUGGAAGAGGUUGCAAACAUUUGGGCCGUCGGGCUGCAUUCGCUUUUCGAUGUCAGCGUAUUUAAGCCGAUGGUUCCAAAUCUCUGGGACAAAAAGGCUUUCGGUAUGCAACAAAUGACCGACACGAAAGUGAAAAAAGCCGACGUGCUCCUCGGUUACUUGAUUCUUUUGUGGGUGAUCCUGUACCUCAUGUAUGAAAAGUGCCUUAACUCACUACUACGCCGUAUGCGCAUACCAUUGAUGCAACGGAGUAGAGUAAUCGAGGCUGUGUGGAAUUGUGGAUUUUGCUUUGGUAGCGUGUGUUAUCUAAAAUCAUCCACGAUCACAACUCUAAAUAUCUUCUCCGACGAGCGGAAAGUAACACACGAAGAAUUAGGGGUGAUUCUACACAGAAGCUUUUACUUUCAUCGAGCAGGAAUCGAGAUUUUCUGUAACGGAGCUUGGAUCAAAGGCUGGACAAAUCUGCUGUUUGCCUCGUUCGUCAUGAAUCCUUACGAGGAAAAGUGGUGUACGAUCGUGAGCACUUUCCUGUUUUAUAAGGCAGUCGAUAGCAUUAUCGUAAACGUGUGUAGAAUUUUAUUAUGUCUGCCUCAACCCGGUGGAAAGAAGCUACCUAAAUUGUUCUUCUUCGUUCACUGUCUCGGCUGGAUAUACUUGUACGUACUAUUUGUACCAAAACUAAUGCUGUGGCCAGAGAGGACCAAGUAUACGCGAGUGGAACUUGGUUUAUGGAUGUGGUUCACGGUAGAAUGUAUAGAUUCGGUAUGGUUCCGACUGAUCGGAUGCGCAAGAGCUGUACAUUGGCUCGAAAUUUGUUUAUUUCCGCCUCCGACGCGAGAAGCGAUCGAACUCGCAGGAAUCCAAAAGAGGCAUCGAGAAUCUUUGAGAAAAACUGUUCAUAGAUCGAAGAGGGCAGAACUGUGGCAGACUAUGCUCUGUGCUGUAGCUAUUAAAAAGGAACUGAAAAGGAUUCGGCAGGCUAAACAAAACGAGCCCGAAUUAANUCAGUGGCGCUCGAACUAA